GCAAUCGUAGAAGCGCGAGGGCAACAAGUGGUGUGGGACUUUGAGGUGGAAUGGUCCUUGGCAAGUGGAUGCGUAGUUCAAGGGGGGCCGAGUGAGUGUGCGUGGCGCAUGAGAAGUCACCAGUACAUCCAGUGUGCUGCGCGAGCGACCCCGAAUUCCUCUCAGGGAAGCAAUAUAACUAGGCGAAUUUGUCAGCAACUAUUUCGACGAGCUUGGACAGGCAGCUCUUGUGAUCUGGUGUGAUAACCAUGGCAACAAGAAAGGGCAUGGGAGCUGACAGGGUCCUUGCCAAGCUGCGGACAUCAGUGGACAAUGGAGAGUACUAUGAGGCACACCAGAUGUACAGGACACUGUACUUUAGGUACUCCGGGAUGGAGAAGUGGACGGAGCUGAAGACCCUCCUGUUGGACGGCGCGCGACUGCUGCUGGCCAAGGGCCAGACCGAGAGCGGCGCCGACCUGGCCUCCCUCUACAUCGACGUGCUGGCCAAGUCGGAGACGUUCUGCGACGCCCAGACCGUCUCCAACGUGGCCAGCCUGUUCGCCGCCAUCGACGCCGAGUCCGCCGACCGUCCGUCGUUCCUGGGCCGCGCCGUGCGCUGGUCGCAGGAGGUGGGGCCGACGGCCAAGGGCGGACACCCCGACCUGCACCAAGCCAUCGGCAAGGUGCUCUGGAAAGAGGGUGACCUAGCCGGAGCGCGCUACCACCUGAUACGCUCUGACGACGGCCAGACAUGCGCGCGCCUCCUGGUCGACCUGCACACGCAGCGGGGCGCCGCCGACGAGAUCGACCUGUUCAUCACACAGGCCGUCCUACAGUACCUGGCGCUGAAGAACAGCCACGCAGCGGCCGCCUGCUUCGCCGGCUACCUCAAGUGGCACCCGCUGGUGCAGGCCGACGCGCCGCCCUUCACGCUGCCCCUCUUCAACUUCCUCCACUACCUGCUGAAGGCGGUGGAGAGCGGCGAGGCGGGCCAGUUCCGCGCCCUCUGCGACAUCUACCGGCCGAGCCUGGAGCGCGACCCCACCUUCGCCAAGCUGCAGGCGCGGGUCGGGCUCGUCUUCUUCAGCAUACAGCCGCCGCAGCGGCAACAGGGCAUGCUCGGUAACCUGAUCCAGUCGCUGAUGUCCGGCCUGGAGGGCGGCGAUGACUCGGACUCGGACGGUGACGCCGCCUCCGGCACCUCCACCAAGUCGCCCGUGCCCAAGGUGGCCAAGAUGGACACGGGCGAGCUGGACUGACGCGAUCGGCGCCGCCCGGCCGGGGGCGGACGACGGCGCCCGGCCAGCUGAUGUGCUGAGGCCCGCUGGACUGAGGCCCGGUGGACUGAGGCCCGCUGCACUGAGGCCCGGUUGAUUGACGCCCACUGGACUGAGGCCCGCUAGACUGGAACCCGGUGGACUGAACCCGGAGGCUCACUGGACGGAGGCCCGCUGGACUGACGCCCGGUUGACUGAGGCCCGCUGGACUGACGCCCGGUGGACUGAGGUCCGCUGGACUGACGCCCGCUGGACUGAGACCCAGUGGUCUGGAGCUGGAGACUGACGCCAAAAAGUGUUCGCUGGUGCGCCGGUGCGAGGGACGGGUGCGGAGACGGACGCCGAGGGUGGUCAGCCCGCCGGGCCGGUGGGGUCGGCGCCGCCGGAGGGCGUCCGAGCUCCCGGUGGCCCUGGCUGGCGACGAGCUCGGCCAGGGCUCGGAGAGGCGCCGCCCCAGUGAAUCUCGGCUCGGCGGAGGCCCGCCGCACUGAAUGCCGUCGCGCCGGCGGCGUUGGUUUGUUUCUAGUCGGCGCGGCGCGGGGUCCGUUCGGCGUACUCGGCCACGGGCUGGGGUCCGAUGCGAACCUGUCGCCGCCAGUUUGCUUCAAUUAACGCCAGGUGGCAGGGUGGCACCCCGGUCCCGAUGACGCGGCCGCCGGAGGGGACAUUUGUGAUCAGGGUGGUGGCUGGCCGCCGGUAUGCUUUAUACAAUA